AUGGGGAACUGUCAAAACUGUUUGGUAUAGGAAGAGGAGUAAGUAGAAAUUCAAUUCAACAAUCAUACUGAAGAAGAAGUGUAAGCACCACCUUAUACACAGCAACCUCCAUUAUUAAAUCUAGAUGUAAAAACUUGGUAGAAAGAUUCUUACAGUCUCUAUGAUUAUGAAAACAGUACUUUUAUACAUUGUCAACAAAUCCCUAUUAAUGGCACUAGCUAUCUUACUUGCAAAGCUAAUAAAGUUUUAUAUAAUGAAGGGAGCUACUCCAAAAACAAGUAAACUAUAUUCUUAUAUAUUUUUAGUGAAAAUAUAGAGGAAACACUUCUUCUUCCACUUGAAUAUGAAAAUGAAACCUUUUAAUUAUUAAAUCUACGCUUUAAUAAAAGGCUCUAAACUUAAGAACUUGUUGAUGACUAUUCAAAAGAAGUAAACUUGAUCGUCAUCUAUAUAGGAAGGAGACAAACUUUUAUCUGAGAACCAAACCAUUCAUGCUGACUUUCAAAUGAGUUUUAAUAUUCAGAAAUUAAGAACAAACACUAAUAGAUAAAUGGUUUGUGAAAUGACUAAAGGAUCUAAAAUUUGGUUGGUCACCAGGUCUAUUUAAACUGCCAGCAUUAAUGAAGGCUUGGUGCUGAAGGUUGGAGAUGUGAUUAAAUUAGGAAGAGUUAAAUUAAUUAUUAAGGAAAUUUAAUUGUAUCGUGAAGCUAAUUAAGAUUUAUUAGAAGAAUCAUCAAUAUGUUCAGUUGAAGAUAAAAAUGAAUUUUCUAAAUAAUGUCGAAUUUGUUUAUCAACUGGAGAAUCACCCUUAAAUCCAUUAAUUGAUCCAUGCAAAUGUAUUGGUAGUACUAAAUAUGUACAUAUAAAUUGUUUACUAAGAUGGUAUUAAUUUAUAUUCUAUUUCAACUAGGAUAUAAUAAAGUUCUCAUUUUAAUAGUAAUGCAUAUUGUACUAGAUUUAUAUGGAAAUCUUUGGAAUGUGAAAUCUGUAAAUCAGUCUAUCCUCCAAUUUUUGAAAGGAAUGGAAAAUCAUUUAAUCUAAUAGAAUUAAGCAAACCAAAAGAUAAACCUUAUAUAAUUAUGGAAUUCUAACAAAAGAAAUAACAUGAUAAUCCUUAAUCAAAUGACAGUAAUGGAUUAUAUAUAGUUAAUUUUGGAACAAAAAAAGAACUUAAAAUAGGAAGAAAUCAUGAAGUAGAAAUCAGUAUUGCUGAUAUUAGUGUAAGUAGAGAACAUGCACAUAUUAAAUUAGUUGAUAAUAAAAUUAUUUUAUCAGAUAAAAGAUCAAAAUUUGGCACCUUAGUUCUCUUAUAAAAAAAUAUCACAUUUACUCCAUAAUUAUCAGGAUUGGAAUUACAAAUCAAAAGAACACUUGUUAAAUUAAAUAAUUCUUAAAUAUCCUAAACAAAUCAAAAACAUAGAGACUUUGAAUUAUACUUAGGAAGAAAUGAAUGA